AGUCUGUUUGUUGCUUACUUUUCUAUCAAUUUAAAUUCAUCAUCUUCCAACGACCUUUACAUAAAGUUUUUGCAAAAAUUACGACCAACGUUUCUCGAACUGCAAAGACGAAUCUAUAAAUUUUUAAAGAACCAUUGUGAUAAAAAUUUGAAAAUAAUUCCAAGCACAUCAACAUCAGUAUUAUAUAUGGAUACAUCAACAUCGUUCUUUGACGACGUCGCAGCGCCUACAAAAAAUACAUCAACAUCAGCAUCUACGAAGGGUAUAAAAUCCAUACUACGUGGAGAGGAAAAGGAGAUACCCAACAAAGGCCAUACAAGUAC